CGAUGUAAACAUUUUGUAGGCCGCCUUGUGUCUGAGCUCAGCAGACGCUUGUGUACACGUAUUAUACGACUGCACGGGCUGGACCGGGAGUCAAUGGGAACUAGCCAGCGAACUCAAUAGUGGCUAGCUUUCAAGUGUAAACCUAGCUAUGCUAACUUGGGAAUAAAUAGCUAAUUUACUGUGGUCUUUCGUCUAAUAGCAGUAGGACUGUACUUCGGUGCAUGGGGAGCAGACGACGUUCGCUGCUGCUGGUUUAAAACGCUUCAAGGUGGCGACAGACAAGGUUGCUGGCAAGCUGAGUUCUACUCUCUCAUGGGUGAAGAACUCGGUGUCCCACACGGUCAGUCAGAUGGCUAGCCAGGUGGCCACGCCCACCUCCCUGCAGACCACCUCUUCCUCCACGUCGCUGUCCUCGCCUGCCCUCUCCCCGUCCUCACCGGGGCAGCUCAGUCCCGACGAUGUGGAGCUGCUCGCCAAGCUCGAGGAGCAGAAUAGGCUGCUGGAGACAGACAGCAAGUCGCUGCGCUCCAUGAACGGCUCCAGGCGAAACAGCGGCUCCUCCCUGGUGUCCAGCUCCUCCGCCUCCUCCAACCUGUCCCACCUGGAGGAGGACUCCUGGAUCCUGUGGGGACGAAUCGUCAACGAGUGGGAGGAGGUGCGCAAGAAGAAGGAGAAGCAGCUCAAGGAUCUCGUCAGGAGAGGGAUCCCUCACCACUUUCGUGCGAUCGUGUGGCAAUUGUUGUGCAACGCGCAGAAUAUGCCCAUCAAGGAUCAGUACUCGGAACUCCUGAAGAAGACGUCGCCCUGUGAAAAGCUGAUUCGCAGGGACAUCGCGCGCACUUACCCCGAACACGAGUUCUUCAAGGAGAAGGACAGCUUAGGCCAGGAAGUGCUCUUCAACGUCAUGAAGGCAUAUUCUCUGGUUGACCGCGAGGUCGGCUAUUGUCAGGGGAGUGCAUUCAUUGUAGGACUGCUGCUCAUGCAGAUGCCUGAAGAGGAGGCUUUCUGCGUGUUUGUGAAGUUGAUGCAAGACUACAGAUUACGAGAGCUUUUCAAGCCCAGCAUGGCUGAGCUGGGACUCUGCAUGUACCAGUUUGAGUACAUGAUCCAGGAACAACUUCCCGAGCUGCACAUCCAUUUCCAGGCUCAGAGCUUUCACACGUCCAUGUAUGCCUCCUCCUGGUUCCUCACCAUCUUCCUCACCUCCUUCCCGCUGCCCGUCGCCACGAGGAUCUUUGACAUCUUCAUGUGUGAGGGUCUUGAGAUAGUGUUCCGCGUUGGACUGGCCAUCCUUCAGAUGAACCAGACCGAACUCAUCCAGCUCGACAUGGAGGGAAUGUUACAGCACUUCCAGAGGGUCAUCCCUCACCAGUUGGACAGUGGACCGGAUAAAGUCAUCCAGGCUGCUUAUCAAGUUAAAUACAACGGCAAGAAGAUGAAGAAGUUAGAGAAAGAAUACACUACAAUCAAAACUAAAGAGAUGGAGGAGCAGGUGGAGAUAAAGAGGUUACGAACAGAGAACCGUCUCCUCAAGCAGAGGAUAGACACGCUAGAGAAAGAAAGUGCUUCCUUGGCAGAUAGAUUGAUCCAGGGACAAGUGACUCGGGCUCAGGAGGCAGAGGAGCUGUACCUGGUCAAGCGGGAGCUGGCCACACUCAAACAGCAGAGCGAGGAGGCCAGCGCUCAGAUGGAGCAGGCCAAGGCAACCACCAGGCAGCUCCAUCAGCCGCAAGCGAAGAGAGCCCCUCGGUGCUCUGAGGAGUCCGUCCUGCAGCUGGAGAGGGAGCUUGUGCAGGCCCGGCUGAAAGAGGCGGAGUCUCAGUGCGCCCUUAAGGAGAUGCAAGACAAGAUCCUGGAUAUUGAAAAGAGGAACACGUCGCUACCUGAUGAUACCAAUGUGGCACGUCUACAAGACGAGCUGAUCUGCGUGAAGCUGAGAGAGGUGGAGGCUCUGACUGGCCUGAAAGAGCUGAGGCAGCAAGUCAGAGACCUGGAGGAUCACUGGCAGCGUCACAUGGCACGCACCGCUGGUCGCUGGAAGGACGGCCAAAGGAAGAAUACGCUGUGCGAGCUGCAGGACGAGCUGAUGAGCGUGAGGCUACGUGAGGCCGAAGCCCAGGCAGAGCUGAGGGAGACACGGCAGAGGAUGCUGGAGCAGGAGACACAGAAUCAGAUUCACAGUAACCAGCUGCGGCGGGCAGAGCAGGAGAGUCGCUGUCUCCAGGAGUGUGUGCAAACGCUGACUGUGCAAAAUAAAGACCAGCACGGGCAACUGCAGGAGAUCAAGCGGAGACAAGCUGAGAUGGAGUGCAAGAGUAAGGAAGAGGUGAUGGCAGUGAGGUUGCGGGAGGCGGACAACAUGGCCGCAAUGGCUGAGCUCCAGCAGCAGAUCUCAGAGCUGGAGAUUCAGAAAGAAGAAGGAAAGGUCCAAGGCCAGCUGAACCACACGGACUCGAGCCAGUACAUCCACGACCUCAAAGACCAGAUAGCAGAGCUGAAACACGAGAUUCGCUGCUUAAAAGCACAGCGGGGGCGGCCCAAUCAGCCCAAUUUUGAUGGGAUCCACAUCGUCAAUCACUAUGUGGGGGACCAUGUGACCUACCAGUCCUCGGAUGAAGACGGCGUCAAAGGCCCGAGCCUCCAGGAGACCCAGCAGAGGAACAGGGCCCGGAUACGGCUGCGCGCCAACCUCAGGGACACGGACAGCGAGGAGGAGGAAGAGGACGAGGAUGAGGAAGACGAGGACUCCCUGCGACUCACUGUACCCCCCAGCGGCAGCCACAAGUCCACCACCGUGUGACGAGCAGCCGCCGAGAGGCGGGGCCAAGGCCGCCGGCGCUCGCUGAGGAAGAGGAGGCGUUUCCUAGCAGCCAUUUCAGAGGAGAAGCCUGCGACUGGAGCUCUUGAGUUUCAGAGGGGAAAUGCAUCAUCAUUUCAUGUCGAGAGAAUCACACUUCUUGAUUUAGUUUGCUGCCCACAGGGUGGAAACAAAACAAACACUUGAGCAUUGUUUACAGACCUUUGGUGUCUUUCAUAAUGCGCAGCGUAUCAAUCUCUUAACGGUACAACACAGAGAAAGACCUUGUAUGUCAUACCACACACUUCAUUCAACUGUGGUUUUAUAUUUUUAAUGCAUUUUAAAAAUGAUCAUCAAACACAUGUUGAUUCCGUUACUACAAAGUGUCCAUCGUGCAGAGGCAGAAUUGUUAAGAAUUGUGUGUGUGUGUGUGUGGUCUUGGUCAACAGCCAAUAUCAAAGCUGCCCGUGUUGACGACUUGGCCUUAGCACACGCACAGGCCUACAACAAGGUCAAUGUGACGUCUGCAUACUUGUAGAUAUGUAAAUGUGUAUUAUGUUUGUUUUUUUCCUUCCUUUUUGAACUUGAAAUCAUGUAUCUAUUGCAUAUCUGAUGUGUAGAAUAUAAAAUGCAGAAAAAAGGGACGGAUGAGUUUAUGUGGUAACACAAACAGUUACUGUUUUUCAUUCUGUGCAGGAAAGGGAGGGCAGGUUUUCCUCUUAAAGAAUCCAACUUUAUUUUCAGAAGGCGCCCCGUGGCGGGUCAAUGUGGCUGGUGGUUUGUGGGUCACACAUUUUGCACGGGGAUGGAUGGCGGUCUGAGGGAACUCAAACUGGGAGAACACUUUCACACUAACCGGGGAGGAAUGGAUAGUCGUCGACGGAUACCAAAGGAAGCAGCACCCUCUGCAUUGUGCCUGGACAGGCCAGUCCCACUCCGUUUCAGGCAGCGAGGACCCCCCCCACCCCCACCACACACAAGAUGUGUGUCGACGACCUUUGUAUUUCUCCAAAUGUCUGUUUCGAACACGAGCUCUUGACCGCACCGGUCGGGUCGGGGCGGAGGGAUUGUGACUUUAGGGCUGGUGGUGAUAUUGUCCCUCCGAUGAGCGAGUGUUGUACACUUCAUGGCACUUUUUGAGUCUGCAGUGCGGUGAGGACAUGCAUGGCAACACUAUGAAGCAGAUGGCACACUCUGGAGACUAAAGGAGAUUGUGUGUGUGUGUGUGUGUGUGUGCGCGCGCAUGUGUGCGUGUGAAGAGUUCACAAUAAAAAGGUUUAUUAAAGUC